AUGAGAUCUUCAAUGACUCAGGGGUCGUUUAGUGACAUCAUUGCUAGACUGUGUGAGGCAGUCCUAAGAUACAGCAACCGUGGAAAAGACGGAAAAAUUCCUAAAAACCAUCUGGGUGGCAACCUCCCAAAAGAAGAGGUGUCGGGCUAUGCACAUGCCACCCUGGACCGCCUAAUUGACCAGUUCCAAUCGGUGGUCGAGCUAAGUACAAACAUCGAUGACGAAGGUGACGAAAGAAACGCCAUUGUCGAUGACGACGCAAUGAUUGAAAAGUGGGUAGCUGAGGCUUUCAGCGAUACACACGGCGAAAAGGAUGAGAGCCAUAAGGUAGAGACAAAGGGCAAGACUGAAAAAUCUAACCAGAAGCCAUCGGGUGUCCGCACAGUAGGGACACAGGUCAAGGAAAGACGGGCGGAGAAGAAGGAUAAAGAAGGACAAACAGAACUGAGUGAAACGUUCAUAGAAAAGCUUGACAGGGGUGAACAGACAGAAAAACGAUUUACUGGCAUGACUGGUGAUGAAAAGCUUAUUAGGGAGCUACGAGAUGAGAAUCGUUUGCUUCAAGGAGAAGUGUUUGCCUUGGAAUCAGAAAUGCGUGAAAUACAGGAACAGCAACAAGAGCUGGAAAAGAGAUUGGAGGAAGAGACGGCUGCUAAGUUGACAUCCAUGAAACAUCUCGCUGAGGUUGUCGCUAACCGAAACAAUACCAAAGACGAGUCGACCAACACGAGAAAGAAACCAGGAGAUAGCAUCAGGAAGGAUCUUGUCAAGACCAUGGAUAAAGAAGUAUCAUCGAAAACUUCAAUUGCACAUUGCACCACUAGAUCAACAAGAAUAAAUAGCCUGUCCAGUGUCACCAGUAGUGAGUCCGAGACUGCAAGUGUCGAGGAAAGCAGAGAACCAGGGGUUGGCAUGCGCCAAAGGAGUCGUGCUCUUAAAUCUGAGAUUGGGAGGUUGAGGAACGUCUAUUCAGAUGUGGAAGACCAGCUGUCAAAAUUAGCAGAGGAAAACACCAACCUUCGACUUCACCUGGCAUGCGAAGAGUAUCAAGAAGAAAUAAAAAAUAUUGACAAGGUAAAUUCUCAAUUGGAAAAGAAGGUUGCAGGAAUUAGCAAAGAAAAGAUUUUCGUAGAAGAGAAACUCGACGCUGCGAAUGACGAGUUGACAAAACUGGACUUAGAUCGCCGAAGGGCUGAGAGGGAACUCCUCGAACUUAAUAAGAAACAUGAAAGCCUGUCAAGAGAGAAACAUAACUUGAGUGAGGAGUUUGGGAAACUGGAGAAAUCUCACUUGGAAGCAAGCGCCAAAGCAGCAAAGUUAUCAAAGAUCAGUGCUGAAAGUGAGGUACAACUAGGGAUCCUACGAGGACAGAUCGGGGAUAUGACCAUCGAAACAAAUCAACUUCGUGGAGAGAAUCAGGCUAAUUCAGACGCCAGGCAGAGGGCUGAGCGUGAGAAUCGGAAGCUGGCAUCUGAUCUGAAAGCAACUCGCAAGAUGAGCAGUGAACUCUCUGCUGAGGUCCAUCAAAUCAGAUCGAAGGUGGACGCCUUAGAAGAUACUGUUAAUCAUCUGGAGUUAGAGAAUGCUCAACUCAAGGAGAAGAAUGUUCAUCUAGUUGCUAGUAAAGACGCACUGGCCAAGCAAGCUUCUGAUGCGGAAGCUAGGAACAUCACGAUAGUCGAAAGCCUCAAAGAACAGGAAUCAGAGUUGUACAAGCUCAAGAGAGAAAAUUUCGAGCUGCGAACAACUGUCGAACACAUAAACAUGAUUAAUGCAAGCAUCCGAACGAGAUUGGACAAUUGGGGAAAAGAAAGUGUUGAUAUUGGAAAGAGAAUGAAGCACUUGGUUGGAGUCAAGGCGGAGCUGCAGAGUUUUAUUCAACAGCUUAACUCUGUCAAUACCAACAUUGAAGAACGCUUUGAAAAGAUGGACUCUGAAUAUGCUGACUUAGAGCGUAAGUUACAGGCAGUAGGCAAGAAAGACAACUGCGUUGAUGCCCAAGAGGUCACCCGUGAUUGCAUGGCUAAUGGCAAAAAUUCACCAAUCUUGCAAGAAAUCGACUGA